AUGGGUAAAGCGCUGCACGAAGUGUACGAUAAAGUUGUUUCCCCAGGAUGGUACCUAGAUAUUGAGAUUCUGGACGAUUCCGACGCCCCACCACCCGAAGAACCCACGAGCUACGACAGCAAAGUCAAAUACAGCAUUGACUGCUUUCGGAAGAAUGCUCAAGGAAGCAACGACUAUAUGUGGACGGUUUCAGCUAGUAACCCAACAACUUUUGAGUACGAUAUGGACACGAGGGGUGACUUGCCAGUCAUUGAAGAGAAAAAAAUCCUUGAUAUUUCCAUCACUUCCAGAAUGAGGAAGCCCGACACAGGCUUCAAAGGAAGAUUGAGGCGUCCACAACACGACCUCGUAUCCGGCGCGUUGCUGACAGUCCACUCACACUACUUGCUGAACGUACUGAAAUCGAUAAUUCAGUACGCGACGGGUGUUGAUGAUUAUACCAACGGCGAUUUCUUCUUUCCUUACAAGGACUUGUUUCGACAUCGUGCAGAAAUCGAGGACUACAAGACUUUCCACAAGGCUCGAAGCCAACACUCUGCUGAGUACAAUGAGCAGUGUGACAAGCAUAUUGAUAUCCUCCUGCAGUAUCUGGACUCCCACCCGACGAUACGAUACCCCGAGCAUAAGAUGAUAUGGAAUAGACCAAAGCCAAUGACUACGUUUGCCGGGCUCUGGCUUUUAUUGAAACCUUGUACAGAUGUAUACGUUCAGGAUAAUGAGAAGCUAAAUGCCUUUGUGAUUGAUAAGGUGAGUGGAGGAGUGUCCUACCCAGUAGAGCCAAGUGCGGCCUUAAGGGCCACGGAAUAUUCAGUUCGGGUCUGGAACCUCCAUUUCGACGGUAAAAUCAUAUAUCGCAGAAGCCAGUGGAUUCUAGUGCCAUACUUCGAUGGAGAGCGGGAUAUUACCUCGCUUCCACUUUUCCCAGUACAAUACCAAGAUACCGCAGACGCUUCAGCAACACGAGACUCUCUGAUCGAGCGAGGCAAGAAGUAUUUUAGCUACUGCAAGAGCCCUACCUUCUUGGAGUACAGCGGAGCUGGUCUAAAAGAUGGAUGGUUGAAGUACAAGCGAACUCGGGUAGUCGUAGAUCAUAGACCUAAACCUUGGACAGAAGAACGGUUCAAGGCUCUUGGAUGGAAUCUUGAUCGGCACAUUACCGAAAACAAUCUCGGCGAGGAACUGAGAGCGCCCCAAUGCGAAUGUACGGAGUGCACCAAAUCACGCAUGAGUCAAGUGCAGGGAAGAGCGAAGUUCAGUGACUAUGAUGAUAUACAUCCCGAUAAAGUGGACGGGCUGUCAGAUCAUCAGUACUUACUCCUGGCAUCCCAUGUGUAUGCGCAUAUACUCCAAGAUCGAGAUUUUGAUAUUGUGGACGUUGGAGGCUUGACUGAGCCAACCAUAGUAGAAGACGCAAUCAACCGCUUGGUAAUGGAUGAGGUCAACAAAGGUGUCAUCAAAGCCAUCGCGAGGACCUACACGGAAAACAAGGCUGGUGCAAGAUUCAAGGCGGACUUUAUAUACGGUAAAGGUGAAGGACAGAUCUUACUGCUCCAUGGGCCCCCAGGUACUGGUAAAACCCUGACUGCAGAGUCAGUUGCAGAGUUCACAAGGCGGCCGCUGCUCAACCUUACACCAGCGGAUCUCGGCGAAGACGCCUACGAGCUCGAAACAAAUCUAAUGCGUUUCUUCAAAUACGCCAAUGAGUGGGAUGCAGUAGUACUGAUUGAUGAAGCCGAUGUCUACCUGGAAGCACGAUCAGAAAAAGAUCUGAAGCGGAAUGGAGUAGUCUCAAUUUUCCUUCGUGCGCUCGAUUAUUUCCGGGGCAUCCUCUUCUUGACAACAAACAGAAUCGGUCGCUUUGACGAAGCCUUCAUGACACGCAUCCACGUGGCAGUGGGAUACGAGCGGCUGACCGACAGUGCUCGCGAACAAAUCUGGGACAAUAUGUUUGAUACAUUGGACGAGGACUUCAAGCGAGGAGGGCCUCAGGUCGAUUAUCAUCGUCAUGCAAAGGAGUACGUCAAGGAACAUAAGGAUGUCAAGGCUUUGGAGUGGAACGGCAGAGAGAUCAGAAAUGCUUUCCAAACAGCCGUCGCACUGGCCGUAAAUGACAGCAAGGAAGCCAACGAACGAGGAAACAAGAAUUCGAAGCCUGUCAUCCCAGAGAUCAAGGAAAAGCAUCUCGCGCAGGUCGUGAAGCUCUCUACCGCAUUCAAGAAGUAUAUGAAGGCUGCACGUCACAACAAGGACGAGUCGGAGAAUGCUUACUACUACGGAAAUCGGGAUGAUGAAGCGAAUUCGCCGACGAGGCGGCGCAGCGAGCCACCGAAGUAGAAUAGAUGUCUUCGGGUACAGCGACAAAUAAGAGUACAUGGAUGUACUUGCGUUAGGAGCGUGAUGAUUCUGUCGUAGGCGCUUGAUCUAGGAGAUCUGGUCUCUACAGUAAUGGCAUGAUUGGGGGUACAUGGUACGGGUUGGACUUGAUCCUUUAUCUUAGUGAG